UCAGUAGCAUUAUUAAGUAGUAGCAGUAGAGUAUUAACCCAAACAAAAAAAAAACCGAGCAGCAGUACCAGCAUUAUUAGCAUCAUACUACUACCACUACCAGGCCAGCAGCGGUAAAAUCAAAAAAAGAAUAAAAAUAAACCACACGUGUGGGGCUGCAGGCUGCCUGCCACCUUAGUCAGAAUAAAACCCACAAAAACACAGGCACAACAAGAGACACAAACAAACCCAUAGCAGAGACCAGAGAGAGAGAGAGAGAGCAGAGAGCACCCUCCUGCUGUGCUCCUUCCCUCCCCACCGCCCCAAGAAGAAAGAAGGAAGUGCAAAGAAGCUGGCCCUCAUUUCCUUGCCCGCCCGCCCCCUCCCCUGCGGCCCUAGCCCGUCCUCACAGCAUUAUCUUUAAGUCAUGGUAACAUUAACAUUCCCUAAAGAGAAUUUGCAGUGACCCCCCCCCGGCUUUAUUUCUUGCCUUCCUCCUCAUUCUUUCCUGCAUCGCUGUCCACAAUCCACAUACAUAAAAUUGACAAAAUAUUUAUACGAGAGAUACUCCACAAAGACAAAGACAAGGACAAAGUAGGAACAGGAGGAACAGAAGGAAUGCGGGGAAGCUUAGAGCCAUUGGACGUGGGAGUUCAGAUCCCUUACUACUUUCGAUGUCCCAUUUCUCUGGAGCUGAUGCGGGACCCUGUCACUGUUUGUACUGGCCAAACCUACGAUCGUGCCAGCAUCGAGUCUUGGGUCGCCACCGGCAACACUACCUGCCCUGUUACCCGUGCCCCACUCACCGACUUCACUCUCAUCCCCAACCACACCCUCCGCCGCCUCAUCCAGGACUGGUGCGUCGCCAACCGCUCCUUCGGCAUCGAGCGAAUCCCCACUCCUAAACAACCCGCCGACCCCGCCCUCGUUCGCUCCUUGCUCCACCAGGCUUCCUCUGCUUCCGCCCUUCCCGCCUCCCGCCUCUCUGCUUUGAGGAGGCUCCGAGCGCUCGCCCGCGACUCCGAUAAGAACCGCGCCUUGAUUUCCGCCAACAACGUCUCUGAGCUCCUCCUCUCCGUCGUUUUCCAUUCCGACUCCGCCGACCUCAGUCACGAGGCGCUCGCGCUUUUGGCUUUAUUCCAGCUCUCCGAGCCUCAGUGCGCCCUCGUCGCCUCCGAUCCCGACCGAGUCUCGUAUCUCGUCUCCCUGCUCAGUCAUUCUUCAGUUGACGUCCGAGUCAACUCGGCCGCAGUAAUCGAGAUGGCCGUCGCCGGGACCAGAUCGCCGGAGCUCCGCUCUCAAGUCAGCAAUGCCGAGGGAAUAUUCGAGGGGGUUAUCGGAAUCCUCAACUAUCCCUUGGCAUAUCCGAGGGCGUCGAAGAUCGGAGUCAAGGCUCUGUUCGCCCUGUGCUUGGUGAAGCAAAACCGGCAGAGGGCGGUGACCGCCGGAGCGGUGGACGCGCUGGUUGACAGGCUGGCGGACUUCGAGAAGUGCGAUGCCGAGAGAGCGCUGGCUACGGUGGAGCUGCUCUGCCGAAUUCCGUCGGGGUGCGAGGCGUUCUCGGCGCACGCGCUGACGGUGCCGCUGCUGGUGAAAAUUAUUCUAAAAAUAUCGGACCGCGCCACGGAGUACGCGGCCGGGGCAUUAGUGUCGCUGUGCUCGGCUUCCGAUCAGGCACAGCGGGACGCGGUGGUCGCCGGGGUGUUGACUCAGCUGUUGUUGCUGGUCCAGAGCGAUUGCACGGAUCGAGCGAAGAGAAAAGCGCAAAUGCUGUUGAAGUUGCUACGGGAUUCUUGGCCGGAGGACUCAAUUGGAAAUUCGGACGAUUUUGGUUGCAGCGACGUCGUUGCGUUUUGACUCACAUGAUGGAUGAUUUCAACCUUCUCAUUCUUUCCGUUUUUUGGGGGAGCUGUAGUAGAGUGUAAUUUCCAGUAGUAGCGGUAUUUUCUAGUACUAGUAGUAGUGUAUUUUUUGGGAAAGCAAAAAAAAAAAAAAGCCCCCAAAAAGAAAAGGAAGAA